AGGGAUCCUCUCGGGGAAUUACAGGCGUUUUGCCAUUUUCUGUGAUUCACACGGAUUUGUGGAGUUAUUAUUUUAUUUUGUUUUAAAUUUUUACAACACUCGUGAAUGAGGAUUUAUCAUGUUUCAGUCGUGGAGCUGCUGUUUCCUUCUUCUGUUGCCUCUAGCAUAUGGGGACAUUAACUAUUCGUUUCCAGAGGAGAUGAAACGAAGAUCAGUUAUUGGAAAUGUUGCCAAAGAUCUCGGACUGCAGGCGGGGAUACUUUCAACCAGAAGAGCACGUAUUGAUACCGAGGGGACAGAUGAACGUUACUGUGACAUAAACGUGAACAGCGGAGAGCUGAUUGUGACGGAAAGGAUUGAUCGUGAGGCUCUUUGUGGCGAAAAGGCUUCGUGCGUCAUAAAGCUGGAGCUGGUGCUGGAGAAUCCUCUCGAGCUCCAUCGUGUCAGUCUUCAUAUUCAAGAUAGUAAUGACAACACACCUCGAUUUAAUGACGACUACAUGAAUCUAGAAAUCCAAGAGUCGGCCGACAGGGGAGCUCGAUUUGUGAUAGAAGGGGCGCACGAUGCGGAUGUGGGGCAAAAUUCAGUUCAACAAUAUAGCCUACAGAAAAAUGAUAACUUCAUUUUAGCUGCGGAUGGAAACACAAUAGAGUUUGUUCUUGAUAAGGAGCUUGAUCGUGAAAAACAGAAGGACAUUGAUUUGGUCCUCACAGCUCUAGAUGGCGGCUCUCCUCAGAGAUCAGGUACAGUAGUCAUCCACGUCACUGUGUUGGAUGCUAAUGAUAACGCACCAGUAUUCAGCCAGGACAUUUAUAAGGUCAGUCUGCCUGAAAACUCUCCUGUAGAUACUUUAGUGGUUACAGUGAGAGCCUCUGAUGCUGAUGAGGGAGUAAAUGGAGAUGUUACUUAUGAUUUCAGUCACGUUACUGAAGAUGUGAGGAAGAUUUUUAGUAUGGAUAAUAAAAUAGGUGACAUACGAAUAAUUGGUGCUGUUGAUUAUGAAAAGACAACAUCAUAUGAAAUACGCGUAAAAGCAAAGGAUGGGUUGGGGCUCUCAUCUUAUGCUAAAGUAAUCGUUUCUGUAACUGAUGUGAACGACAACGCCCCUGUAGUCAGUCUGAAAUCACUGUCCAAUCCCAUAUCAGAGGACACACCACCUGGUACAGAGGUGGGAAUCUUUAAUGUGCAGGACAGAGACUCUGAGAAUAACCGACAGGUUGGCUGCUUCAUUCAGCAAAACGUCCCAUUUAAGUUGGUUCCUUCCAUUAAAAACUAUUAUUCUCUGGUGACCACAGCACAACUGGACCGUGAACUAGUGUCUGAUUACAACAUUACAAUCACUGCUACUGAUGAGGGCUCUCCACCUCUGUCCUCCUCUAAAACUGUUCAGUUAUCUGUAGCUGACAUCAACGACAACCCACCUGUGUUUGAGGAACAGUCCUACAGCGCAUAUGUGACUGAAAAUAACAAACCUGGCUCCACUUUAUGUUCCGUUAGUGCUCGAGACCCCGACUGGAGACAAAACGGUACAGUGAUUUAUUCUCUGUUACCUGGUGAGGUGAACGGUGCCCGGGUAUCCUCAUAUGUAUCUGUUAAUGGAGACACGGGGGGGAUCCACGCUGUGAGAUCGUUUGAUUAUGAGCAGUUCAGGAGUUUUAAAGUUCACGUGAUGGCCAGAGACAACGGAUCUCCUCCCCUCAGCAGCAACGUGACCGUCAGUGUGUUUAUAUCAGAUGUGAACGACAACUCUCCUCAGAUACUGUACCCCGCCCCAGAGGGCAGCUCCUUCAUGACCGAGCUGGUCCCCAAAGCUGCACAUGGAGGCUCUCUGGUGUCCAAAGUGAUAGCAGUAGACGCAGAUUCCGGACAGAACGCCUGGUUGUCCUAUCAUAUCAUCAAAUCCACUGAUCCUGGACUUUUCAGUAUUGGUCUCCACAGCGGAGAGAUCAGGAUCCAGCGGGACAUUUCUGAAUCUGACAGCAUGAAACAGAAUCUUAUUGUAGCAGUGAAAGAUAACGGACAACCCUCUCUCUCUGCCACAUGUUCCAUCUAUUUACUGAUCUCUGAUAACUUGGCUGAGGUGCCAGAACUGAAGGAUAUUUCUUAUGAUGAGAAGAAUUCCAAACUAACAUCGUAUCUGAUCAUCGCGCUGGUUUCUGUCUCCACCUUCUUUCUGACCUUCAUCAUCAUCAUUUUGGGUGUGAGAUUUUGUCAUAGAAGAAAACCCAGACUGUUGUUUGAUGGAGCAGUUGCCAUCCCUGGUGCUUAUCUCCCUCCCAAUUACGCAGAUGUUGACGGCACAGGAACUUUACGCAGCACUUACAAUUAUGACGCCUACCUGACAACAGGAUCCAGAACCAGUGACUUUAAGUUUGUUUCAUCUUACAAUGACAACACGCUUCCUGCUGACCAGACUCUGAAGAAAUGUCCGUCAGACUUUGCUGAUGCGUUUGACGAACUUGAUGGUUUUACAGAGGUAUGA